UGUAACAGUUGUUAUUUUAAGUGAUCAUUAUAACUUGUAUUACAGAUAUCAGUCGUGUGGCGCGGGAGGUGAGCGAUGCGGGUGGUGUGCGGGUGCGCAGCGCUGGUGCUGGCGCUCGCGCUGGGCCGCGCGGGGGCGGCGCCGGCCGAGCCGCGCGCGACCCCCGCCACCGCCUCCGCCGCGACCCUCUGCGACCUGCUCGUGCUGAGAAACAAGCCGCCCAUGCCUGCCAACCUACGUGAGCAUGAAGCAACAGUGGUCCACACUGCACGCGCCCUCGCCGAGCUGGUGGAGCAGGGCGCUGCCAACGAAACCCGCGCCGCCGUGCUCGCCCGCGCCGCCUGCCGCACGCCCCUCUCCCCGCCCCCCGCCGCCGUCGCUCUCGGAGUCCCGCAGUUACACCUCGGCGUCCUUUACAUCGCAGAACCGCCACGCCUUAUUGUCUUCCAACAAAACAGCUCCGUCACAUUAAGACAAUUCUGGAGGACGUUAGCGUCAGCGUGGAAUGCUAGUUCAGUGCUGUGGUCGAAUGCGUGGUUUUCUUGUGAUGCCGACGACUGGGGCUGGUGGGGGGGCGCGGCGGCGGCGCGGGGGGUGGGGGCGGCGCGGGCGGCGGCGGCCAUCUUCCGCCGGUUGCCAGCGUUGCCCUGCGAGGACAGCAUGCACGAGUGGCUGGGUGGGCCGCCGCUGUGCGACCAUGCCACAACAGACUGCGAAGCUUUACCAACUCUUGAACCUGGAGAAAAAAGACUGGAGUACCGGUGCAAAUGCCGAGCCGAGCACUGGCACGUGGGCGGGUCGGGCUGGCUGAGCGGCACCAUCCUCUCCGCGGACGACUCGGGCGGGCUGGCGUGCACCCCUUGCGGGGUAGACAGCAACGCGGCCGCCUGCCUCGCCGACGUGUACCGCGCCGCGCUGCUGGCCGCCAAUCUCGCGGGGAUGCUCAUCUGUGUCGUUAUAGGACUCAUCAUUUUUAAGAAGAGGAAGUGUAAAGCGGUGGCAAUGGGCAUGUGGACUGUAUUGGAGGUGGUGUUACUCGGCGCCUUGUUGAUGUACGCGUCGGCAGCAUCGCAGUAUAUCUCAGUGGCUCAGUGGCGCUGCAUAGCAGGGGCGUGGCUUCGAGAACUCGGAUUCGUGGCGUGCUACGGCUCGGUGGUGCUGCGGUUGUGGGUUCUCCUGGCUGAAUUCCGAACCAGGAAAGCUCAUCGGUGGACGCCCAGGGACUCGGAGGUCCUCAGAGUUGUGGGAGCUAUGAUAUCCGGCGCGGCGUGCUACCUAGCUGCGUUUACGGCGACGGCAGCGUGCGACGAGGACGGCGGCGAGAGCUGCGCGCGCGCCGCCUGGCACCACGUCACCGCGGCAGCAGAGCUGCUGCUGCUGGCGGCUGGGGCUAGGAUAGCGUAUGCGGCGAGGAACGCUAAUGUGCCAUUCCAGGAGCGUGGAUGGCUGGCUACAGCGCUGGCGUGCGAGGCCGUGUGCGGCGUGGCGUGGCGCUGCGCGGCCCUUGCCGGCGCGGCGCCCGAGCGAUCCCCGCUCGCGGCGGCGGCGCGUGCGCAACUCUCUGCGGGUGCGGCUCUAGCUUGUGUGUUAGCGCCGAGAUUGUGGCACGGGUAUAGAGCGAGAUCGCUUGCACAAGAAGUAUCGAGACGGGGUCCAGCUGAGGGCUUCGGCGUGGAGGGUGAAGAGGAGCCGACCUCAGAGGAAGUGAGAGCAGAAUUGAAGAGGUUGUACGUCCAGCUGGAGAUACUGAGAAACAAGACGCUACGACGCGACAACCCACACAUUAGCAAGCGACGGGGCGGAAGGAAACCUCCGCACAGGCGGUUCUCCUUACAGAAAAAGGGCAGCCGAGAGAAGGCACUGCAAGCGCGUCGUGGCGGGAAAGGUAAAAGUGGUGGCAGCGCUAGCGUGGUGGAAGCCAGCGAGGCGGGAGACGUGUCUCGGACUCCUGAAGACUCUGUCUGCUCCAACGAGGGCCCUUCCCACUACACCGAUGGAGACACGCAGGCGUGAUCCACCUCUUCUGGGGACAUCCACGACGUCCAUUUGUAGUUAUGGUGUCAUCGUCUCAACCUUUAAAAGGACAAAGAACCCCUUUGUAAAAGGAGUAAGUUAGACAAUUCUGUUGAAAUAUAGGUGGUCCGACGACUUUGGUAAAGUUUCGGGAAAUACAGUGUAUGCAGGCGUUUUCCAACAGUUUAGAUGAAAAUCUUUGCGUAUUGAAAUUAGCCGUUAGAAGUCCUCGGAAGGACAUAGGACACCUUUGGAAGAGCAGUUAAUUUGAAAAUGGAUUUGAUGGUUACGUGAAGACGGUGUUUAUAGGUAUCAACCUCCAACCGAUCAAGAUGGAAAUCUUUACAUAACCCAAUGCUGUGAAUUGCUUCGAAAUUCUGUCUACUCCACUACAGCGAUUAAAUACGUAGACGUUAUUCAAUUCAUUGGUUCACUUUUAGAUGGCGAUGAAAGCUCGAGCCAUCUAAAGCUCUUCACAUUGCAUGAUGUAUGGCAAAGUUUCAAAGAUUAUCUAGAAGCCCAAGUACCAAUUGCUCAGUUUUGAAGUUGUAUCAUAUAAAUAAAAGUACUCGUAUUUACUCAUACCUAAUAUCAUAUUGGUUCCCUGGUCCCUCCCUCGUGACUUAUCUGAUCAGUAAUGGAAUUUAUAGAAGUUAUGUAAAGUUUCGUAAUGCUUGCCGUCAUUUUGUAAAAAUAUGUUUAAGUGAUUUAGAAAUAUGGUUUUUAGAUAUAAUAUAAUAAUACUUUUGGAUACAAUAGUAGACAUACAGACAGUACCUGUUCAAAUUUAUCAACACUCAACGUGAAUUAUCAUAUACCCCAUAAAUAUAACUGCGCACAAACAUAUGUUUAGCAAUGGUAAAAUAUGUUGUUGUUAUAAUCCUUGAUAAUAAUUAACCAACUAGUCAGUAUAUGUACAAAAGUUUCAUAAUAUUUGAGACACACAAAAGUGUAAAGUAGGUGACUACGGUAAAAUUAAAUAAGUAUAAUUUGUCUUUUAUAUUUUUAUCCAAAGUUUAUAAACGUUGGUGGUGCUUUUUAGACGGCAGAUUUAUAAUGUGAACGAAUUUUGGAUUGUUAUCCCAAAUUCGAGCAGUCGUGCAAAUUUAAAAUUAAUACAGGAAUUAGGUAUCGGUUUUUCUUUUCACUUAUAUUUCUUUGUUAUCAAAGCAGUCACUUCAGUACUUAGUUUAUUUAAACAUCUUAAUAUAAUUUAAAACGAAUCGUUUCAGUUUAGGACCUGUUUUAAAAAAAAAUGUGUUGCUAUUAGACUCGUAUCCAAAAAAUGUUAUCCAUUAUAAACGUGCCCUAGUAGUCCUAAUAAUGUUAAUAGAUUGAAUAGGUUUGUAAUUUUUAUAAUAAUAUUUAGACAUUAUGGUUAUAUAACUAUAUCAUGUGAUUUGUGUUUACAAUUUGUCGCUAGUCAUCAAUGUAAGUAAUGUACAGUUGGUUUGGAAUGAAAGUAAGUACAAUAAUUUUAUUAUUAUCUGUUUAGACAAUAGCGGUGAUAUUUUAUACCCGUAGAUUUUUGGUAGGUGAGUACUGUGAAAAAUAUGAUGUUGGUGUUAAAAUACUACCAGAUAUGUUAUUUAAUGUGUCUAGGGAUUACUCUUUUAUGCAGUUCACGAAAUACAUAGAUAUAGAUUCCCGAUUUUUAUUUGAUAGCCUUCAAAAUUUUGGUUUGCAAAUUUUUGCGGACCCUGAAUAAUCCCGGUUUUUUUGCUCGUCUGCUUUCCUUGAAUAUAAUGAUUUGAUUACGCUUUGUGUAUUCUAAGCAAAAUAAGUGUAUAGGUCUUUUUUGGUUAAUUAAUUGAACAAUGUAAUAGCAUUUUAAAUAAUAUUGACUGAUACAGUUAAGAGCGAUUGUCUUUUACGUACCUACGUAAAAAAGUUAAUUCCGAAAAUAUUUGCUUUAUUAUUAAUUUCAAUGCAUACGAAUCAAAUUUUAUACAAGUUAUACAAAAACUAGUUUUUUUUUAUUACGAUCACGUCUUGAUUAUAUAAUUAAAUAACCCGAAUUAAAAACCUCCUUUUGGGAAUUCGGUUAACUAGCAGUCGUUUGCUUUUUCUAAGGAUCUUUGUAUAAAAAGUACGGAAAAACGGCUGUUGUUUUUGCAUUAAUAUUAUUAGUAUGGAUGUUGUUUUUGAUGUUUUGAUAUAUUUACCGAAUAAAACGGGUAUUAAAGAAAGACUUGUAAAUAUUAGAGCCGAAGGUUUUGCAUGGUAUUGGCGUUGUUUCGGUACUAUACGUUGAGCUUUGUCGAUGUUUGCAAGGGCGGCACUGUGAUG